CAGAUUCAUCCGCUUCGCUGUCAUGGCGGCUCCAGCGGACAGCGGCUGCUGGUUUCCAGCGUUGGCUCUGGGAGUUUCUUUCCUCAAGUGUCUCUUCAUCAACGCUUAUCAUUCCACAGACUUCGAGGUUCACAGAAACUGGUUGGCCAUCACUCACAGCCUGCCGGUGUCCAGGUGGUACUAUGAGAACACGUCAGACUGGACUCUGGAUUACCCGCCGCUGUUCGCCUGGUUUGAGUUCGGUCUGUCCCACGUGGCUCAGCACUUCGACAGGAACAUGCUGCAGGUGGAGAACCUGAACUACGCCAGCCCGUCCACUGUGCUCUUCCAGAGGCUGUCGGUCAUCUUCACCGACGUGGUUUUUAUCUACGCUGUCAGAGAGUGCUGCAGGUGCGUUCAGGUGCGAAAGGGCUCCCGGGACGUUCUGAGCCGGCCGUCCUUCGUCCUGGCCGUGCUGCUGCUGUGGAACUUCGGCCUCCUCAUCCUCGACCAUAUUCAUUUCCAGUAUAACGGCUUCUUGUUUGGUUUCCUGCUGCUGUCGGUGGCAAAACACCUGCAGUCGCAGCACCUGCAGGGGGCGCUGCUGUUCGCCAUCCUGUUCAACCUGAAGCACAUCUACCUGUAUGUGGCUCCGGCCUACGGCAUCUACCUCCUGAGGAGCUACUGCUUCACUCAGGACAACAAAGACGGUUCUGUCCGGUGGACGAGUUUCAGCCCGCUGCGCCUGCUGGCUUUGGGCGGCAUCGUGGUCUCGGUGUGCGCUCUGUCCUUUGGGCCAUUCGUUGCCAUGGGGCAGCUGCCUCAGGUCCUGUCCCGUCUCUUCCCCUUCAAGCGGGGUCUCUGUCACGCCUACUGGGCCCCCAACGUCUGGGCCCUCUACAACGUGCUGGACAAAGGCCUGGCGGUGCUCGGUGUUCGCCUGAAGCUGCUGGAGGAGGCGGAGCUUCCUCGAGCCUCCAUGACGGGCGGCUUGGUUCAGGAGUUCCAGCACUCGGUCCUCCCCUCCGUCUCUCCCUCCGUCACCCUCGUCUGCACUCUGCUGUCCAUCCUGCCGGCGGUGGUGUCCAUCUGGUGGCGGCCUCGCGGCGCUCGCGGUUUCCUGCGCUGCCUGCUGCUCUGCGCUCUGGGCUCCUUCAUGUUUGGCUGGCACGUCCACGAGAAGGCCAUCCUCAUCGCCAUCCUGCCCCUCAGCAUCCUGGCGGUCGAGAGCAGAGAGGAUGCUGGGAUCUUCCUGGUUCUGACCACCACGGGGCACUACUCGCUGUUCCCGCUGAUCUUCACCCCCGCAGAGCUGCCUAUCAAAGUUUCUCUGAUGCUGAUGUUCACCAUCUUCUCCUUCACGGCUCUCAGGAAGCUCCACAGUGGUCAGCGGUCUCUGCUCCGUCCUGUGGAGGUCGCCUACCUGCUUGGCCUGGUUGCCGUGGCGAUCGCCUGCGAGGUGGUCUUCCCGCUGUCGCCGUGGCAACAGAGGCUGCCCUUCCUCCCCCUGCUGGCGACGUCUGUGUACUGCUCGGUGGGCGUCUCCUACUCCUUCCUGCGUCUGUACGGCAGCCUGCUGCGGUGCGAGGACAAACCCAAGCAGCUGUGAGACGUCGGUCCAGGUCAGAGCCCCGACACGCCCACAUCGACCGCCACCGCCUGCCCUCGAGCAAGGCAGCCAGACACAGACACCGUUUAGUUUACAUGAGAAGGACGGACUUGGGAAGUAGAGGGGUGUGCACGCAAUCCAACAACACUCGACAUAAUCGCUGGGCUCCGUCUGUUUAUAGACAAAACUAUAAACAGACAGGAAUCAAAACACUAGCGGUAAAAAUAUAGUUUGGGUUUUUUUUGUUAGUUUUGCUGCAUCAGGACAAAAACAAACACAUUCAACCUCAAGUAGAGCAAAAUCUGAAAAUGUCGUAGGACUCAAGGAAGAACUGAGGGUCUGAAAUCCGACCUGCUCCCAAACCAGUCGAUUAAAUCAGCACGUUAUCUGUAGAUGAGCUGGACGAGUGGACUCUACAUGCAGCUUCAUUAGCCUGAGUCAAUUCUAAGUCAUCAUAAAAUUAUUUUAUACCUAAAUAACAGAUGAGCUGCACAUAAAUAUUUAUAUUCUGAAAAUAAAACUUCUUCAUCAGGUGACUCCAGCUCAAGAAAUACGAGUUCACUGCUGUUAGCUGUUGAGCUGUAACAUGUAAACUGCUGUUUGCAAAGGUGACACUUGACUUUGUGUCGACUAGAUUGAUCAAAACGCAUCCACACCGAUGCCACGCUGCUGAAAAGACAAACAUCUCCUGCAGCAGUUGCUAAUUAAUUAGUAGCUUAAUGACGGAACAAAAUGAAACUCUUUUGUGUUUCUGAACUCAACUGAAGAUUUUUCAUCAGGGGAAGAAGUUUCUGUAGAGUCACGUUAAGCUUUAGUUCAUAUCUGAUGGAUAACUUCAGCUGAUCAGUGUCCCGUUUUUGAGCUUUUAGUCAACAUUUAGGUGAUCGGACACCCCUCCUCCUAACUUCCUGUGCUGCUUCACUGGGAUGCAGCUCACCUGAAAUCCUGUUUGCUCAUUUGGAAAUGAUAUAACGUUUGACCAACUCGGUUCUGUUCGACGACUGAACAGAAAAAAGCAGAAACCUUUGUUUUUUCGACUUGAGUGACAAGAAUCGUGUCGUCGGUGGUUUCCGAUACAAGAAAUGUUGUUUCUGCACCAAGGAAACUUUGAUUUCACCUGAAAUCACCGUGAAGGAUUUGUGUUGUUACUAAAGAAUAUGUGGACCAAAACAGAACUGAGAGACAUUUAUGAUGUUUGUAUUUUUGCAUUUUUAAAUAAAAAGAAACCAUAAUUUAUCCAGA